AAAACAACACAUUACAUUUGUAAUAGAUCUGGCGUAGUGCGAAGUAAAGGGGGCAAAUCGAAGGUAGUGACCAGAUAUUGCACGUCAUUCCUUAAGGCAAAGAUUUUCCACAACGGUGAGGUUAGCGUAAAGUUCUGUGGAGAGCAUGUAGGCCAUAAUGUUUCUGCUGCAUUGCUACCACUAACCGAAGCUGAUAGGCAGUCCAUCGGGCACUACCUAAACUUGGGACUGGAUGUCCCUGUGGUAUUAAGGAUAAUCCGAAAGCAGUACACAGAUGCAAACCACCGUUUGUAUUGGACAUCAGCCGCCGACGUGCGAAAUGCGAGGAAAAGUCUUUCGCUGCAGCCUGGACGCCUUCAUGAGGACGACAUGCAGUCACUCUCCUUGAGAUACGAAUUGGGUGUACAGGAGGAUGGAUUCCGGAAGUUCGAAGCACCGACACCAGGCAAUGGAGGCAGUUUUCGCGUCAUCAUCAUAACGCCGGAUCAAAUUGAAUUGAUCAAACGGUACAGCUAUCGCGGAAUAUCUAUUGAUGACACACACUGCACCACCAGAUAUGAGUUGAAGCUUGCUACGAUGAUGGUGGUAGACGACUACGGACGUGGUCUACCAGCUGCUUUUCUCUUAGCCAAUAAGAUGGGCAAAGAAGAGAGCGGUUUGCUAUUCGAGGAGGUGAAACGCGUGGAUAACAGUUUUGAACCACGUUAUUUUCUUUCUGAUGAUACUAUGAGUUUUUGGAACGGGUUCCGAGCUGUUUUUCCGAAGGCUCAUACAACUAAACUCCUGUGCUCAUGGCAUUGUCAAAAAGCUGUUUUCGAUAAGUUAAGCUCUUGCUUCGGAGGGAAGUCCGACGAAAGACGGCGGAAGCUUGGAGGCUGGAUCAAAACAAUGUUUACACAGUCAAACAAGGUAGAGUGGCAUAAAGCCAAAUGCAUGCUACUGACUUUACUUGCUGAAUACCGCCGCGAACAUCGAGGAUGUGCUAAUUUUGACGAUUAUUUCCGACGGUAUUAUCUCAGUCGUCAAGAGGAGUGGGCGCCGUACAACAGAACUGCAGCCAUAGCAAACACAACCAUGGUUUCGGAGCGUUGGCAUCGUACUUUGAAGUACACGUUACUCAAUCGAUCAUCGAACCGCCGGGCAGACGAGUUGGUGCAGAUUUUGAUUAGUGCAAUACCCGCCAUAGCGAGAGAGCACAUUGUCCAAGACGAGCGCGGAAUCAUAGAGGGCAAGUUUAGGGCGAAAGAAAAUAUUGCAAGACAUAGAAGAGCCGUAGAGGAAGCAAAAAACGUUCAACUGACACGCUUGAAAAAUGGAGAAUGGACUAUAGCCUCUUUUACAAGUCCUGAGAAACUCUACAUAAUCACAGUUCUUCGCUGCGAAUGCGAGAGUAAACAAAUGCAUUGUUCUUUGUGUGGCGUGUGCCCCAUGUACGUAUCUUGUUCUUGUGCUGACGCUGUGAAAUCGGGAAUAUCCUGCAAACACGCGCACGCAUGGGCGCUGAACUAUGAUGCAUGCGAUAACGAGGAGUCUGUAAAUCGCGAUACUCCCUGCUGCGAUGAGGACGUCUCAGUAAUAGAAGGUUCGGGAGAAGAAGCAGUAAUAGAAGGUUUGGAAGAAGUGGUGAGCUUGAGUGACAAGCGAAAGGAGCUUGUAACAGAGUUACAAGAGCUCGUGGAUCGACUUUCGUUUUCGUGGAAUACUCGCCUUGCAGUGGAUGAGAACCGGAUAGCUUCGCUAAUGCGUACUCGAGAUUUACUGCUCCAAGCGGCUGAUGAAGAGUUAGGCGCGCUUCAUAAACCAGUGCUUAUACCAAGAAGAGAGUGCCCAAAGCGCGGUCGAAAGGUCUUAACGAAACAAAAUCCAGUCAGGCGAAUGAAAACACAGCAUAUGCAGUCUGAAUGUGCAGCAGAGUACACCGGCAACAUAGUUGCAGAUGAACUGAACAUCUGCGUUCUGUGUGAUGACACGCAGCCACCGCUAGAAGAUCCGGAAGAUGAACCUAUUAUGGAAGGCGCGGACAUCCUUUGGUGGUCAUGCACAAGUUGUCGUGCAUGGGUGCACAGAGAUUGCAUGCAGUGUAGGGACUGUCCUGUUUGUGAUGGAGUAUUUGAGCCUACGGGCUAGGUGCUCAUACUUCAUCGCACUCAGGACGGUCCCUGCACUUCAUCAAUCUCUGUGCACCCACUUGUCAUGCUAUCCACUCUCGAGCUGAUAGCGUGACUAUAAUUAAGCAAGUUUGCCUUGAUAUCAGUAUUAAAGGCCACUAGAUGGUUGCAUUGCUAUGAGACUUUUUGGCGAUGUUGUACAAAAAA